AGUUUGGCAGGUCGCCCCAAAACAGGUCACCACCAUGGAACUCCGGGCCACGCUUCUCCUAGUUUUCACUUUGAUCGUUGGUUCGAGUGGACAGUUUGGCAUCCAACUGGAAUGGCACAACCCAAACGUAACCGACAUUCUCGGACGUGCUCCUGGCGAUCCCGUCUCGAUAAUACUGACCAACUACAACAAUAUGCAGUACUACGGAGUCCUGACAAUUGGCACCCCACCACAGUCUUUCAAGCUUCUCAUGGACACCGGCUCCAGUAACUUCUGGGUACCGUCGGUUAAUUGCGAUCAGAGUAUGGCCUGCCGUGACCACGCAAAGUACGACAGCAGCAAGUCCAGCACGUACACCAAAAACGGACGCUACAUCCGGAUCCGCUACAGCGGCGGCGUGGUGCGAGGUGUCACGAGCAUCGACAACGUGGGUGUCGGAACUGCUACCGUGACGCAGUACAAGUUUGCCGAGAUGGAUCACUCGGACGGCAAACUGUUCAGGAACGCCAAGUACGACGGCAUCUUCGGCCUGGCAUACCCAAGCAUUUCUCAGAACGCGCAGCUCCCACUGUUCGACGCCAUGGUGAAGCAGGGCGUCGUGCGUGAGGCCGUGUUCUCGCUCUACCUGAGCAAGCAGCCCAGCGAGCAAAACGGCGGAGAGAUCUAUUUCGGAGGCAUUAACGCCCAGCGCUACACGGGUGCCGUUCAUUACGUCGCCGUCAGCCAGGCCGGUCACUGGCAGGUCGUCAUGGACAACAUCGACGUCAAAGGUACAAAGCUCUGCGUCGGUGGAUGCCCUACAGUGGUCGAUUCCGGUACAUCCUUCCUCAGCGGACCCAGCGCUGAUGUGGAAACUCUUCACAGGGUCAUCGGUGCUACGAAAACAGCUGCUGGAUACUAUGAAGUCGACUGCAACAGCAUCUCCAGCUUGCCACCAAUCACCUUCAAUCUGAACGGCAAAUCCUUCCCACUCCAAGGAGAAGCCUACACGAUCAGGAUUCCGCUCACAACCGGCGGUGUUCAGUGCUUCACGCGCAUCUCCGAGUCGGACGCAUCCGGUACCAACCUCUGGAUCUUGGGCGCCGUCUUCACGCAGACCUAUUACACAGUGUUCGACAGGAGCCAGAACCGUGUCGGAUUUGCCACUGCGGUCUAGAAGGUGGUCUUCGCCGCCAGCAUGGAAGGAUGCGACAUUCGUACGGCCGUCCGAAAUGAUGGCUCUUCCCUUUGAUUGUGAACUGAAUAAAGCGUGCUUACUAUUUCAACGGGCG